UAUCAAGUAGACCAGAUGUCGCUACUCCGUCUAUAUCUGGUAGUCGGAGGAUAUUUCAGCUGCUGCCUUGCUGCCUAUGUGCUGCAUGUGGAUUAUUUCACCUUCGUGGUCGAUGAUGCCAAGGUAAUUGUCUCGCAAAGUGCCUUCGUGGAGCAGGAGCAGAACCGCAGUUAUCUGUCGGGACACUUGAUUUUCAAUCGAUCGCUGAACGAAAUUACGAUGCGUUCUUCAAUGAACAUCAGUCGCUCUCGAAUGCCGGAGGUGCGGCUCUUCGAUGUCAAAUUGAAUGUCUGUCAUGUUAUCAGCAAUGUUUACAGGAAUCGAUUUGUUCGAAUAUUCUACAAUAGUUUUGCCUCAUUUGUGAAUGCGAAACCCGUAUGUCCCAUUAAGCCGAAUUUCAACUACACUUUGACUCGCGCCUAUUUAAACGAAGAAGUUCUGCCCGAGCUCCUGCCGCAAUGCUCCUUCCGCAUGAAUCUCAAUUUUCAGCACAAGUCAAAGCCUCUGGCUCACAUGCAAUUGGAUGGACGAUUGAAUAGAGCAUAAUGGAUUACCAGUGUUAAUUCCAAGAAUUUGUGGCAAUGCAGAUUGGUUUGGGAUUGUGCUGAUCCCCUGGCACCUCAAUAAACUGGAUAUAUGUAUGAUCAUUAAUCAUUUCCCUGAACUUUAAUUUCCCAUACUUAGAAGCACGAGUGAAAUAUGUAAAAGAGAAUGCUGGUGAAUGCAAAAACGAAAUACAGAACGCA